AUUCGUCAUCCGAUUUUUAUUAAUGAAUGUUUUGGUGAAUGCUUACAACCCUACAAUUUAUGAAUUAUCUUUGAGACCUUGGCUUUAUGAAUUAACAAAUAAAUAUGGAAAAAAGAUUAGUAAAUUAAAUGAUAUUCCAAUGGAAGAAUUUCAGAAUCUUAAAAAUAUUGGUGUUGAUUAUGUUUGGCUCAUGGGUGAGUAUUAAUGUUAAUUUAGGUAUUUGGUAACUUGGAAAAUAUGGAUUAGACUUUGAUAAGGCUCAUGCAAAUGAUUAUAAGUCUAAUUUACCUGACUUUACUAUAGAUGAUGUCAUAGGUUCCCCUUAUGCCAUUACUGAAUUUGUUUGUAAUUCAGAACUAGGUACAGACUAAGACAUUAUAAAUCUGAGAAAGAAACUUAAUGAUAUGGGAUUAAAACUCAUGCUAGAUUUUGUUCCUAAUCAUUCUGCAAUUGAUAGUCCAUAUAGAACAUCACAUAUUGAUUAUUAUAUUAGAGCCCCUCCUAAUACACCAAAGCCUUAUGACUCUGAAUACUAUUUACCUGAUGGUGUAAGUUAUGGUGGUGAUUAAUGGGAUGGAUUUUGGAAAGACACUGCUUAAUGGAAUUAUUGGAAUUAAGAUACUAGAAAUUAUCUUAAAUCUGUAGUAAAGAAGAUAGCUUCUAUGUCAGAUGGUAUGAGAUGUGAUAUGGCUAUGGUUAUAUUGAAUGAUCUCUUUUACAAUAAGUGGAAACCUUAAUUAGAUGCUUGGGGUUAUAAAAGACCAUCAACUGAAUUUUGGUCUGAAGCUAUAAAGGAAACCAAAUAAUAAUAUCCAAAUGUAAUUUUCUUGGCUGAAGUAUAUUGGGGAAAAGAAUAGGAUCUAAUAAAUUUAGGAUUUGAUUAUGUAUAUGAAAAAUGGUUAUUGGAUCAAUAAGCUACUUUAGAUGUAGGAAAGGUUAGACCCAUUUUAUCUAAUUUAAAUUUAAAUGUAUUUAAUUUAUUUUAAUAAUAGUAUGCAUCUCAUUCAAAUCAUUUUGUUGAAAAUCAUGAUGAACCAAGAGCUAUAAAAAAGUUUAGUGGCAAGGAUUAUAUUUCUUGUGUAGCUGCAUUAAUGAGUUACUCUAUUCCAGGAGCAAGAUUUAUUAAUCAUGGUUAAUUGGAAGGAUUGUCUAAUAAAUUAGAUGUUCAUUUAAGAAGNUUUAAAAUAUUAAAAUCAUUUCAUUUAUUUAACAAUUAUAGAAUUAUGAACAAAUUAAUAAAGCAAAAAAUUGAUUUUUAUUAAUUAAUAUGA